AUAUACGAAAGCAUUUGACAUUACAGAUUCUUGGUGAGUCGGAGGACAAAUGUUUGAUGAUCUUCCAUGAAUAACUUCUGGUGAUCUUCUGACGAACCCAGAUAAACCGUAGAUAAGCUCUAUUCUGCUUCGAAUCCGCAGCAAAUGCGCGGAACGGAGACCAGCUCAUGGAUGAAGCAGCUCACGAGCUCUUCCCGGCAAGGCCGCCAUGGCCACGUCCUCCACCUCUUCUUCACUCGCCUCUGCCUCCAACCCAGCAUCCGCGGCACGGUGGACCCCUACCCUGCCGCCGUGCCCACUGCCCUCCGCGCCUGCGCGCACCUCGCCGAAGCUGCCGCCGGCCGCCUCAUCCACGCGCUCGUGCUCACGCGCCCCGCCCUCGCCUGGGACCAAGUCGUCGCCACCGCCUUGCUCGACAUGUACGCCAAGUGCGGCCUCAUUGCCAGCGCCCGCAAGGUGUUCGACGAGAUGCCGGCCAGGGACCUCGUCGUCUGGAACGCGCUGCUCGCGGGCUACGCGCGCCACGGCCUCCCCGAGCACGCCCUUGCGCUGUCCGUCAAGAUGCGGGGCCGCGGCCUGACUCCCGAUCUUGUCACUUGGAAUGCCACCAUAUCGGGUUUCGCGAUGGCCGGCGAUGACAAAAUGGCCAGCGACUUGGUCGGCGCCAUGCAGGAGGACGGGUUCCAGCCGGACGUGGUGACAUGGACAUCGCUCGUCUCUGGCUCGGUGCUGAACUUCCAGUACGGCAGAGCGCGCGCGCUGUUCCGGCAAAUGGUGGCCGGCGGCGCCCGUGUCCUGCCAAGCUCCGCGACGCUUAGUAGCGUCCUGCCAGCAUUUGGCAUCGUCGGUGAUGUAAAGCAUGGCAAGGAGGUACACAGCUACGCCGUCGUGACCGGCGUCGAACGGGAGCUCACUGUGGGCAGCGCUCUCGUCGACAUGUACGCCAAGUCCGGACUUGUGCAUGAAGCGCGCCACUUGUUCGACAAGAUGUCAGAGAGGAGCACUGUGACAUGGAACUCCAUGAUCUUCGGUCUUGCGAACUCCGGCCAUUGCCAGGAAGCCGUCGGCCUAUUCGACCGGAUGACGCGAGAGGGAGCAAAGCCGGACCACCUGACCUUCACCGCCCUUCUGACAGCCUGCAGCUAUGGUGGCAUGGUUGAGGUCGGGAAGGCCUUGUACCGUGGCAUGCGGGAGGAGUAUGGCAUCGAGCCGAGGCUGGAGCACUACGCUUGCAUGGUGCAUUUGCUUGGCCGAGCUGGGAUGCUCGACGAGGCGUAUGAUUUCAUCAAGGCGAUGCCCGUCGAGCCGGACUGCUUCGUCUGGGGGGCGUUGCUUGGUGCCUGCCGGAGCCAUGGGAACAUCGAGCUCGCGGAGUUGGCAGCGUCCCGCGUGCGGACUGUUGAGCCGGGUAACGCGGCGAGUUACGUGCUGCUCUCGGGUGCGCUGGCGAGUGCUGGCAAGCAGAACGAUGUUUUCAAGAUUAAGAGGCUGGUGAAAAGAUGCCGGCUAAAGAGGCUUGAUGGAUGCAGCUGGAUAGAGACUUCUUAGCUGCGGUGAUGAUCAGCUAACUGCCAUCGGAGACGGACAGAACUAGGAUAUCAUGUCGCGCUGGGAAAAUGGGAAGCACAUCCAUAACAAAUGCGUCAUUGAGCUCAGUUGGAUCAAGGUCUUGGCAUUGGAAGAAAAAACCCCCUCUUCAGUCAUCACCAGCUUGACAAAGUUCAUUAAUCUGAAAAACGUUGAUCAACGGGGGAAUGAUCCCUCCCUUGGCUAUACGUUGUUAGGUAGGAUGAGACUCUCCCAGCGGAUGGACGCUAAGAUAUGAUAACCCGGUUUCAAGUUCAUUAAUCUGAAAAACGUCAACAGGGGAAUGAUCCCUCCCUUGGCUAUACGUUGUUAGGUAGGACGAGACUCUCCCAUCGGAUGGACGCUAAGAUGAUAACCCGGUUUAAAGUUCGCCCCUCCCUGUGAAAUGAGCUAGAACUCAGUUCCCAGUUCAUUAAUUAAUUAAUCUAAACAAUCAAGAGAAAGGUGUUGGCAAGCCGCUGCCAGCUGUGUUGGUUCUUCACGGUCAUUUUGCAGGCUGUGUAGGAGAUCUGUCAAGCUAUGAUGCAUUUACCCUUGGUGGACCUUACUCAGUUAGGGGCUAUGGUAUGGGUGAACUGGGUGCUUUUAGUAAUGUUCUUGAGGUUGCUAGCGAGGUCCGCAUACCUGUGAAGAUAUGUUUAUGGAUUUGUCAAGCAUGGCACCGACCUGGGAAGUCCCAAGGAUGUGGGAACCCUACGGAGUUCUUCAACGUGUUGGCCACGGAUCUUCUUAUUGUCUUAGUGUCAAGUUUGGCUUGGUGAAAGGAGAGUACAUUUUAGAUCACAACACUGGGGCUGGGACCGUUUUCUUCAGAUUCGGCGAGA